AUGAAGCUUUCACAUUUUAUUGGCAUUUGGGCUGCUGCCGCCCUCAUUCUUUUCAAAGCAGUCAACUACAUGCUUGUAAAGCGUCGCCGUUCGCUCAAAAGCCAGGAGCUCGGCUGCAAACCAGCGCCCACGCACACGCCUGGCGACCCUUUCGGUAUCUACAAUCUGCAAUUGAUGUUGAGCGCAGGCGCUAAACAUUACCUGCCGGAGUACAUGAUUCAGCGCGUUCACGCUGUCAGCGAACGAGAGGGUCGCCUCGUCACAACAUUCCAAGAGCGUGUCCUUGGCCAGAAAAACAUCUUUACUUGCGAGCCGAAAAACAUCCAGGCCCUGCUCGCAACAAGCUUCCGGGAUUUCGAGCUAGGAAAGGGUAGAAACGGAAACUUUGAGCCAAUGCUAGGGCACGGUAUUUUCGCAUCCGAUGGAAAGUCGUGGGAGCAUUCUCGCGCCAUGCUCCGUCCCCAAUUCUCACGCCAACAGAUCAACGACCUUGAUCUCGAGGAGAAGCAUGUUCAAAACAUGUUCAACGUACUACCCGUGAAGCCGGACGGCUGGACCGACGUUGUCGACUUGCAAGUGCUCUUCUUCCGCUUGACGAUCGACGCUGCGACCGAGUUCCUCUUCGGCGAGACUGUCGGCAGUCAAAUGGCUGAGCAUAACGGAGCAACGGGCAGCGAAAAGAAAUUCACCUACGCCUUCGACCGGGCACAGUAUCUACUUUUCCGGGCCGGCAGAUACGGCGACAACUACUGGCUGGCGCACAACGCGGACUUCCGCAAGCAAGUCAAGGUGGUGCACGAGUUCGUCGAUCGCUACGUGGAUCUGGCGCUGCAGCAGCAACAGGGUUUCCGCAAGCCGGAGCAGCAGAACAAACAGCCGUACGUGUUCCUCGAAGCCAUCGCGGCGGAGACACAGGACAGGAAAGAGCUGCGCGACCAGCUCCUCAACAUCCUACUCGCGGGCCGCGACACGACGGCCUCGCUGCUGUCGUGGCUCUUCUUCACGCUCGCCCGCCACCCGCACGUCUUCGCGAAGCUCCGCCGCGCCGUCCUCGACGACUUCGGCCCCUACGUCGACGACCAGCCUGACAUCACCUUCGAACGCCUGAAGAGCUCGUCCUACCUCCAAAACACGCUAAAGGAAGCGCUCAGGCUAUACACGGUCGUGCCGAUCAACCAGCGCCGCGCCGCCGUCGACACCAGCCUGCCGACGGGCGGCGGGCCGGACGGCCGCGCCCCCGUCUUCGUGCCGCAGGGCACCGAGGUCGUGUACAGCACGCACGUCAUGCACAAGCGGAAGGACCUCUGGGGCGAUGAUGCGGAGGCGUUUCGGCCCGAGCGGUGGGAGGGAAGGAAGUCCGGGUGGGAGUACCUGCCGUUUAAUGGCGGGCCGCGCAUUUGUAUCGGGCAGCAGUUUGCGCUGACUGAGGCGGGCUACGUUGUCGUGCGCUUGCUGCAGAGGUUCGAUGCGCUGGAGGCGGAGGAUGUGGGGGAGGCGCCGGGGUACCGCAUGACGCUGACGUGUGCGCCGAGUGUGGGCGUGAAGGUGAGGCUGAGGGAGGCGAGGGGGUAG